GCUUGAGAGACAGCGCGGGAGGCGGCGGCAGGCGCGGCGCGAUGGCGGCUCCCGGAUACAGCCCGAGCGUGUUUUGGCAGCUGGUGUUGGUGGCCGGGCUGGUGUCCCCCGGGUGGGCUCUUUAUUUCCACCUGGGCGAGACGGAGCGCAAGUGCUUCAUCGAGGAGAUCCCCGACGAGACCAUGGUCAUCGGGAACUACCGGACUCAGCUGUACGAUAAGCAGCGGGAAGAGUACCUUCCCGCUACUCCUGGCCUGGGCAUGUUUGUGGAAGUGAAGGACCCCGAUGAAAAGGUGGUGUUGUCCCGGCAGUAUGGCUCAGAAGGCAGAUUCACCUUUACUUCACAUACACCUGGGGAACAUCAGAUCUGCCUGCAUUCCAAUUCCACCAAAUUUUCCCUUUUUGCAGGAGGCAUGCUGAGGGUCCACCUUGAUAUCCAGGUUGGGGAGCAUGCCAACGACUAUGCCGAGAUUGCAGCCAAAGACAAGCUGAGUGAGCUGCAGUUACGUGUGCGCCAGCUCUUGGAGCAGAUUGAACAGAUCCAGAAAGAGCAGAACUACCAGCGGUGGCGAGAGGAGCGCUUCCGUCAAACCAGCGAAAGCACGAACCAACGAGUCCUCUGGUGGUCCAUUGUCCAGACUCUCAUUCUUGUAGCCAUUGGAGUUUGGCAGAUGAGGCAUCUCAAAAGUUUCUUUGAGGCCAAGAAGCUGGUUUAAAAAUGGGGUUGGGGGUGACAUCAGCAAAAGGCCUGCAUUUCUCACAGGAACAGUUCCCAGUGCUUCGUGUGUCUGCACUGGCCCUUCUUCUCUCUUCAGUCAUCCUUUCCACCUGACUGGUUAUUGGCCAGGGUACUUGUCAUCUACCUCUCUCUGCCUCUGCCCCUCCUCCUUCCCACCGGUCAGCAUCCCAUCCUGCUGUGAUACCAGGGCCGUGUGUUGGCGCCAUGAGGCACUGAGUUCUCUCCAGACAAUUGAGACUUUUCCACCCCUGCUGCCUCUCAUGGUUUUUAGCAGCAGGAAGGCAGCCCUGUGUUCAGCUUUUCUCCUGCCUGAGAGUGUUCCUCAUCAAAAUUAAGACUCUUCUUUUGGAAGGGCACUCAGGACUUUUUCUCUAUCCAGCAUCACAAAUGUCAAAGCCAAAAAACAGGCGGCAGUUUUGAGCCCUGCUGAGCCCUACUUGUAUAAGCUCUGUCUUCUUAGUGCCACCAGUAUGUUGCUCAGGAGGAAAGCACUGAAUGAAAAGAUCUGGAAGCUGUUCCUGCAAGUCUUCUGUCCUGUGUAUUCAUAAUGUGAAUGGGAUGCAGAAUGAUUUUGGGAUUAACUGCUUAUGGGAUUGGUGGAGUAAUACUCGGGUCUAUUUCGAAAUUACUUGCAUGAGUGUUUUGGUGUGGAUGUGAUAAUCUCUGGGCAACUAAUCUGGGAUAGCUAAAUAUUAAAAUUUACUUGACUUUCCUUAGAUUUAAAUCCACUAUUCCUGUGUACUUGCAGCCACUGUUCUUCAGAUACUUCGUUUUCUCACAAUGUGAGCUUAUGAGCAGUUGCAAACUUGGUUCUACAACACUGCUGCUCUUCUAGCAAGAACAUGUGAUGAUACAUUUGUUUCCUGCUGCUCCGCCAACCCAAUCCUAACUUGGAAAUUAGCCCCACUGAUUUCAAAGGAACUCUUUCAAAUAACUUUGCUUACAUUUGCACCCCAAGUCUCCUUGGGAUUUGUUUUGCUGAAUACAUUUUUUUGGCAUCCACUAAAAGAUUGUAUAGUUAUCAUUCCAAAAUUAUGGAAACAUCUCCUCUUGUCCUUUCCCCUAAAUUUGGGGUUGUGGUUUGGGGAGGGGAUGAGAACAAAAAGAUUGGCUCGGUUCAGAUGUAACAAUCUCAAGCCAAUAAACCAUUUAUUGGCCAAAGAAUGAGAAUUCUGCCUAUGUACUCCUCAUACCCUUAUGCACCUAGCUUUGAGACUUAUAUCCUAGCUUAUUCGGUUUCUCAUCCUAACAAGCAGUGCUUGUAAGCGACAGUGCUUAAGCCAUAGUUUCUGAGUUUGAAAGUCAUGGGAAAGUAUGUGGUUUAAAAAGCGAAGAUAUAAGCAUUAAACCUGGGGGUGUGAGGAGAGGGUGCAGUGGCACAUGAGCCAAGAUCGUUGCAUCUGAAUUUGGCCAUUGUGUGUGUAGGGUUGAAGUGAAGGACUGAUGCUGAUCUGUUCUUCUUUGUAAGCCUUAGUUCUAAAUAAGCUUGUGUAGAAGCAGCUGUCUUGGGUUGGCCUGUCAUGUCUGUCUGAUUAGGAUUUUUGUGGGGACUGACACAUUGAAGAUUGGGUUUUUACUAUGUCUGCGGUUGCACCAUCUGCGCUUGCCCUAUCAUGGAAUGCUUUCCAUGCAUUUUUUUUCUAUACAGGCUUGAAACUUUUCACUUGCUUUAUGUUUUUCAUGAAGGUUGAGCAGCAACAGCUUCACAAUAUGUAAAUCGCUACUCUACAUAAGUAGAUACAAGCAUCCUCUUCCCUUCCCUAAAUGUGAAAGGGAAAAUAUGUUGUCUGAACAGAAUGCAGAAUUGUUUACUGAAGGUAAGAGGGAGAGCAUAAAUUCCUGGGAACAACUGCAAGUUCUGUGACUCAAUUGGCACCAGCCAAUUUCUAAAAUGAGUUUUACUGAUCUUUUGUUUGCUGUUGACAUGUUUUGUGUAACUGGAUUAGCAAAAUGGGUGGUGGUACUAUUGCUGAGAUACUUGGGAGUGGCCUCAGGUUGCUAAGGAAUUUAAGUCUGACAAAUCCACUCUAAACUGUAUUUGCUAAACGGUCCAGCAUGUGAAAAGCCAUAAGUUUGACUUUCUGAAAGCAGAACUUGCUAAAUGUUGGGGGGCUGAAUUUAGGGCAUUAAACUGGGCCUUUUGAUAGGGGUACAUGAUCCACAGUUUGGUGCACUGGAAGAUAUCGUUCUAGACUGGUGAAGGAGGGGAUCUUUGUAGACUUGUAGAGGAGGAUUCCUGUACUAGUUUGGUGAAUGCUGGUCUGCUAUUAGAAGGGGUGGGUGGGUUGGAAGUGGGCUUUUGGUGUGUUUUUAGUUUCCUGUAUCCAGGCAUUUGUGAUGACAUUUGUGAUGAUUUGUAUUUGUAUCACCAACUACAUCAGACUUCCCAACCUGGUGUACUCUAGAAGUUUUGGACUUCAACUUCCAUCAGCCCCAGCCAGCAGAACCAAUGGUCAUGAAUUCUGGCAUUGUAGUCCAAAAUAUCUGGAAGGAACCCGAUUUAAGGAUAAUUACACUAUCCAUUUAAGGAGUUCCAAUAUCCUAGCCACGUUUCCUUUAUUCUUCUGCUUGCAAAUGAAGCAAGUGAAGUUGUCUGAUCUUACUGCUGUGGCCAGCUAUUGACAAAAACUUGAGUGAUAAUUUAAAUACUCAAAAGUAUUUAAACUGCAAACUUUAAGAGGGAGAAUAAAGAGCUUCAAGAGUGAGGGCGUAGUUUUAAUGAAUGAAACAUGCUUGUUUUAUGUUUUGAGGCUAUUUUAGCCCUGGUUGCUACUGUAUUACAUAACGAGAGAGAAAUUAUUAAAGAUGGUCUUUCCUUCUAAUAA